AUGACGAGGUCCCACGCUGUAGAUAAUGCAGGUUUAAUAUCAUCUUCAGUCUUUCUGUGGAUGAUCCCCAAAAUGUGGGCCAUGUUCAAGAAUGGGCUGGAUACAUCCGACCUACACCUGUCUCCUUUUGAUGUAGCAGACAUUAGCGCAAAAAGGCUCCAGAGGCUAUGGAAUGAAGAAGUGGCAAGGAGAGGCUUGGAGAAUGCCUCACUGAUUCGGGUGACUCUUCGUUUUCAAAGAACUAGACUGAUUCUGUCCGCCCUCGUUUCCAUUCUUGCCAUGGUGGCGGCCUUUUUGGGGCCGGCGGUCGUCGUUUAUAAGAUCUUAGACUACGUUUGCGACCCAGGAGAAACCAGUGGUGUUGGUUUGGCCUUUGCUUUGUUCACCACAGAGUUUCUCAAAACUUCCAUGAUAUCCUUGCAGUGGGCAUUAACACUGCGUACGGCCAUCAGACUGAAAGGUGCCUUAUGCUCUUUGGGCUUCCAGAAAGUCACAUCUCUGCGAGUACUUGGCGACAUGUCAAACGGAGAGAUUCUUAAUAUUUUGACAAAUGUUGGACACAAUGUUUUUGAGGCAGUUGUGAAUGGGAGCUUUGUGAUGUCCACCCCUGUACUCUUUGUUGCGGGCAUUUGUUAUGCCUGGAACAUUCUGGGCUACACUGCAAUUAUUGGAGUCCUCAUCUACGUCAUCUGUAUUCCCAUUGAGGCUUUUACUGUUGUUGCCAUCUUCACCUCCAUGAGGUUCACCUUUGCUCUCAUGCCGAUUGCUGUGAAGGCCCUCACUGAUGCUUUUGUGUCACUAAAACAACUUAGGAAAAUCUUACUCAUCCAGAAUCCUGAGCCUUACCUGACGCAGAUAGCAGGCAGUAAUUCUGCUGUAGUGAUGAGAAAUGCUACACUUUCAUGGACCAAACGCAGCCAGUCAGAGUCACCGCCCAGAGCAGCUAAUGAGGUGACGGAACACAAUAUGGACGUGCCUUCUCCGAAUGAAAAUGUUGAGACCUUACCAACCCUCAGAAACAUCUCUUUUACACUACCCAAGAUGUACCUUCUUCAGGGCUCCAUCACAGCUGAUGGGACAUUUGCGUACGUUUGCCAGCAGGCCUGGAUUUUUCAUGGAACUGUUCGAGAAAAUAUUCUCAUGGGGGAACCUUUUGAUCAGGCCAGAUAUGACAGAGUUGUGGAUGUCUGUAGCCUCAGAGCUGACCUAAGCAUCCUGCAAUAUGGUGACCAAGCUGAAAUUGGAGAGCGGGGUCUAAAUCUAUCAGGGGGACAGAAGCAGAGAAUCAGCCUGGCAAGAGCGGUCUAUUCCAACAGGGACAUUUUCCUCCUUGAUGACCCACUAUCUGCUGUUGAUGCUUAUGUGGGGAAACACAUUUUUGAAGAAUGUAUAAAGAAAGAGCUGAGAGGAAAAUCCAUCAUACUGGUUACACAUGAGCUCCAGUAUUUGGAGUUCUGUGAUGAGAUCCUGGUUCUGGACAAUGGAACAGUAUGGGAGUCUGGAAACCACAGGGAUCUGAUGAGAGCCAAUGGACGCUAUACUCAGCUCAUCAGUACCUACCAGAUGGAAGAGUCCAAAGCCAAGAAAAAGAAAGCUGGGGACAUGGCACUAGCAUCAUUUAUUGAUGGCCAGUUGGAAGAGAUUGACCUCAGACAUUGUGCAAGCACUGGCACUGAGAAUCCUGGAUCCACAGUCUUCAGCAAUUGGUGGUUUAGCUUCUGGAUGGCAAGUGGUGAUGGGGUUAUUUAUGCUGCAACAGUGGUUGUCAUUGUUGUACUUUCCAUUGUGAAAUCCAUAAUCUACACUUAUUUCACCUUGAAGGCCUCCUGCAAAUUCCAUGACAUGCUGUUCAAAAAGAUUAUUGAUAGUCCAAUGAGUUUCUUUGACACAACUCCAACGGGCCGACUUCUAAAUCGUUUCUCUAAAGAUCAAGACGAAGUGGAAACUGUCCUUCCUCUUGUCAUGGACUCUUUCUUACAGUGUUCUCUACUCGUCGCAUCCACAGUUGUUGUCAUCUCAGUUAUUUUCCCCGCCAUGCUUGUAGUUGGAGUUAUUAUGGCAGCUUUUCUUGCCUUCACUGUCUUUGUAUUCCAGAGGAGUAUACGUCAUAUGAAGAAUCUAGAAAACAUCAGUCGCUCUCCAUGGUUUUCUCUAACCACCUCAACUUUGCAUGGCCUCAGCACCAUCCAUGCCUAUAGUAGAAGAGACAGCCUUAUAGAACAGUUCAAUAUCUUGACUGAUAUCAACUCCAAAUACCUUUUCAUGUUUAAUGCUGGCACACGUGCAUUCGCCUUCUGCCUGGAAUUAAUGGCUGCUACUACGACGCUGUUUGUGGCUCUCUUUGUAGUGCUCAGCAGUAAUGACUUAAUCAGUCCAUCCUUGAAAGGCCUCGCGAUAUCCUAUUCCUUGCAGGAUUGUAGGUCUGAGGCUCCCAGGCAUGUUAAGGAGACUCAGAUCCCACAGGACUGGCCUAGCAGUGGGGGCAUCACCUUCGUAGACUAUAAGAUGAGGUACAGAGAGAAUGCACCAAUUGUGCUGAACGGUAUUGAUUUCCACAUUCAACCUGGAGAGAAGCUGGGGAUCGUGGGAAGGACUGGCUCUGGAAAAUCGUCUUUAGGAGUAGCUCUAUUUAGACUUGUGGAGCCUGCAGCAGGAACCAUACUGAUAGAUGGGGUGGACAUCAUGUCCAUUGGCCUGCAAGACCUGCGUAGCAAAUUGUCUGUGAUUCCUCAGGACCCUGUGCUAUUUGUUGGUACAGUCAGGUACAACUUGGACCCCUUUAAUAAAUACACUGAUGAGGAGAUCUGGGCAGCGCUCGAGAAGAGCUACAUGAAGGACUCGAUCUCAAAGCUGGAGGGGAAGCUUGAAGCACAUGUUAUGGAGAAUGGAGAAAACUUCUCUGUAGGCCAGAGACAGCUGAUCUGUAUGGCUAGAGCUUUACUCCGUAACUCCAAGAUCAUUCUUUUGGAUGAAGCCACUGCCUCCAUAGAUGCAGAGACAGAUGCUCUGAUCCAAAACACCAUCCAAGAAGCCUUACGUAAUAGCACUAUGCUCACAAUAGCUCAUCGGCUCAGCACUGUGAUGCAAGCAGAUCGUAUUCUGGUCAUGGACAAUGGACAGAAAUGCAAGUAA